AUGAUCACGGACUCAAACGAUUGGGACAAGGUUUUAAGUGAAUCCAGUGAGAAAACACGCCAGCUAACAGAAGAGGACAAAAAUUAAAAUAGAAAAAAACAGGUAUAGCGCACUCCGCACCAACUUGUCCCGUUAUUUUUUUUUUCUGAAAAAGAUCGUAUUGGACAAAAUUUCAUCAUUAUUUUCUUCAAGGCUUUUUUUAAAUCUCGCUCUUCCAUUUUGUGGAGCAAAAGUGCAGAAAAUAGCUGUAUUUACGGUUGAUUUUUCUCUACUGUACAUUCAAAAUGUGACCGUCUUGUACAGAACAAAUUAUAUUCACUCACUUCCCUUUAUUCUGAUUAAUUGAGCUUCAGGGUUUAGUGGGAGACUUCAAGCAGAAAAAAUUGGAACAAGAGGCACAGCGCAACUGGGACAAGUUUUACAACAGAAAUGGAAACAAUUUCUUCAAAGAUCGAAAUUGGAGCGGAAAGGACUUGAAAGAUUUAUGUCCGGAUAUCGACUUCAACGUAUGUUAAGGUCCAUCAGAAAAUGAGAAAUAAAAAUGAUAUUCAGAAUGCAAUAAAUUAUAUAGAGGCUGGUUGCGGUGUUGGCAACAUGUUGUUCCCAUUACAACGAGAAUUUCCCAAUUGGAACAUGUUUGCUUUCGACUUUUCAGAAAAAGCUCUUACUUUGCUCAAAAAACGCGCCUCGGAACUGGGCGUGAGUUUUUUUUUCUUCUUGUUCAAAUAAAUGAAGUCUUCCUUGGAUCAUCAAACUGAUAAAAACUUUUUCAAGAUAAUGUUUAAUAAAAUUGAAGAUCAAUGUGACAUGCACAAUGGUAGAUCUGUCUGUGCUUCGAGAACAACCUCCGUUCGAAGAGGAAUGCGACCUGGCUUCGCUAAUUUUCGUUCUCUCAGCUAUCCAUCCCGAGAAGCAACUGAUUGCAGUUGAAAACAUGCGUAAGAUAGUCAAGGUUUUCAUUCAACUUGCUGAAAUCUUGUGUAUGGUUAGAAUUUCGUCUUAAACUGGAGUUGGAAUGAAAAUUGAAUUAAAAUAAUUUGAAAAAAAAAUUAGGUUGGCGGAAGCGUGGUGGUUCGCGACUACGGCGCCAAUGAUCACGCCAUGAUUCGUUUCGGUCGCGGAGCUCGCCUGGGCGACAGAUUUUACGCCCGACAGGAUGGCACCCGAGCUUACUAUUUUUAUUUAGGUAAAUUUCGUAAUUUAUCUUGUCCGGUUCUCAAUAUUGAAUCAAAGUUAUACAAUUGAAAAAAAAAUCUUUCAAGGUUUAAUUUGAGCGCAAUAACCCCAUGGAAUUAUCAUACUUCUUCUAGAGGAACUCGUCGAAACGUUCGAGAAAGCUGGAUUUCGGUGUAUUUCCAGUGAAUACCUGCACAAGACGACGAUUAACCACAAGAAGGAGCUGCAGGUGCCAAGGAUAUUCGUUCAAGCGCGAUUCAUCAGGAACAAUUGA